UAAUGCCUAUAAAUAGCUGCAUAUUAAUGCGCCCAGCAUAGAAAUUCCGUUUGAAUAAAGCGUCUUUCGUCGGCGGCCCUCGACUCUCUUGUAUGACCGCCCAAAGUCAAGGCCGAAGGUCACUGCAUUCAAAGCAGCAUCUUCCAGAAAGAAUGCACUCAGAAGAGAUCAAGACACCAACGAGAUGACGACUCCUCAUCCAAAGUUCUUUUUAAUAUUUUUUAUCGCUUCAACUCUACUUUGCGCUUCUCAUUCAUUCAAAGCGGACCAUAAAUUUCCUCCCGAUGCUCCAACUCCCGAGUAUCAAUUUCGGUUCGGACAUGUCUUUACAAAAGGAGCUGUUUUGCAAAUGGCACCGAAGAGGGCCCAAAUUUGGGGCUUCGGCAGACCAUUUUCCGAAAUUGUGCUUGCGAUGAAUAAUGGGAAAAAGCACUUCACUACGGUCCAUCAAAACGGCCUUUGGAGCAUUUUACUAGAACCACAGGCAGUUGGUGGUCCUCAUAUCAUUCGGGCCAUGCAGUUCUCACUGACGGUGAAUACGCAGCCCGACACGAUUCAGCUGGAAAACGUUAUGUUCGGUGACGUGUGGUUGUGCGCCGGCGGCAGCAACAUGGCCCAAGAGCUGAACGACACAAUGAACGCCGACAAAAUAAUGAGCUCCAUUCACGCCGCCCGCAACUCCAACGUGCGAAUGCUGCAAAUUAGCAGAGAGUUUUCGGAACACGAGCAGGACGACGUCAAAGUGUCCAGAGAAUGGGCCCACGCAGGCCCGGACGAUAAUGACAGCGAUUCAUUGAGUCUUUUGGCUUACCUGCCGGCGUUGUGUCUUUUGUAUGGUAUGAAAAUGGCAGAAUUUCACCCUGGCCGCCCCAUCGGCAUGGUCGAGGCCGCCUGGGGAGGCACGCCUAUAGAAGCGUGGGGCUCGCAAAGAGUCACUGAAGUGUGUCACACAAAAAAGUCUAAAGGACAUUUAAAUCAAUAUUCAAAUCACGUCCUUUGGAAUGGAAUGAUUCAUCCCCUGACUAAGAUGACAAUUCGAGGAGUUAUUUGGCACCAAGGUGAAGCAAAUACCGAGUACAACCGGGAAAAGUACGCUUGCCACUUGACCAAACUUGUGACAGAUUGGCGGAACAGAUUCUCAGAAGGAAGUGUGAGGGUCCCGCUCGAAAACGAUAUCGCUUUUCCUUUCGGCGUCGUCCAGUUGGGACCGUCGCUGAGCGAGCGACACGCAUCUUGGAGCGAAUUGAGGCUGGGCCAAAUGGGCGGCUGGUUGCACGACAAGGCGCACCAAAUCUACCUGCCCAACUCUCGCAUCCCCGAGGGCUUCAUGGCCGCGGCCUACGACCUCGCCGACCCCCCAGAGCUCACCACGCAGACCAGCUUCGGCGUUCACUACAGAGACAAGGCGACCGUCGCUGAGAGACUGGCCCUGGCCUCGCAAGCACUCCUGCACAACGAGUCCCUCCCGCACUACGGACCCCACAUAAUUAGAAUCGAGUACGACAACGAGAACUGGACGGCGAAUUUGACCUUUGAUAGGCCGAUUAGAGUUGACGGGAACACAGGUUUUUUGAAGCAACUUGCCACUGGUGAGUGGGUAGAAACACCGAUUUUAAUUACUUGGGCUCGAGGAGUGGUUUUGGCUCUGAGCGAAGGCCAGGGACUCUCUUAUGGGCAGAAAACGGAGCCGUGCCCAUACAAGAAAUGCUCCAUAUACAGCGACGAUAUCUACAGACUGCCCGCCCUUUUGUUCAAAGAUUAUUUCAACGUGAAUAUUUAA